GCUCCGCACCGCUCAGCCAUGAGACCUCUCCUCCUGGCCCUGCUUGGGAUCUGCCUCCUCUGUGACUUCCUCGUGGAAGGUGUGGGGAGUGAAGUCCUGGAAAAGAGCUUCUGUGUGAGUCUAACGACCAAGAGACUGCCCGUUAAAAACAUCAAGACCUACACCAUCAAGGAGGGCCCCAUGAGAGCAGUAAUCUUCAUUACCAGACGUGGCUUUAAAAUCUGUGCUGACCCACAAGCUGACUGGGUGAAAAAGGCAGUAGAGAGUGUGGACAAGUCUACCAGGAGAAACAUGAAACAGACCAAGCCUACCGGAGCCCAAUAUUCCACCAACACAGCUAUAACCCUGACCGCGUAGUGGCCUUCUGGCCGC